AUGCCCAUCACCAUUCUGCCCCCCCGGCCCGCGGCGCCGCGGCCGCCGCCGUCUCUCGCCACCAGCUCAGACUCGGAUUCCGACGGCGGCGUCGACCUCCAAGGCGAUGAUGCGCCCAUGCGGAUGCGGACGCGGGCCAGCAAGCGCCGCCGAGCCAGCGACGACCACCUGGCCGACGAGAUCCUCACCCCCGGCACCGUCAUCACUUCCAACCCCCAAUGGAUGCGCGGCCACGGGACGUACGUCCUCCCCGCCACCCAGGCCAUCACCUCCUCCCUGGCCGGCACGCUCACCAAGACCAACAAGCUGCUCUCGGUGCGGCCCCUCCGCGCGCGCUACACCCCCGAGAUAGGCGACCUCGUCGUCGGCCGCAUCGCCGAGGUGCAAGCCAAGCGGUGGCGCGUCGACGUCGCCGCCUCCCAGCUGGCCGUCCUGCAAAUCUCCGCCAUCAACCUGCCUGGCGGCAUCCUCCGCAAGCGCACCGAGACCGACGAGCUGCAGAUCCGCUCCUUCUUCGCCGAGGGGGACCUGGUCGUCGCCGAGGUCCAGCAGCUGCACCAGGACGGCGCGGCCUCGCUGCACACCCGCUCCCUCAAGUACGGCAAGCUCCGCAACGGCGUCUUUGUCAGCGUGUCCGGCACCGGCGGCGGCGGCGGCGUCGUCCGCUCCAAGCGCCAGGUCUGGACCAUGGACGCCGCCAACGGCGCCGCCCAGGUCGACGUGCUGCUCGGCGUCAACGGGUACAUCUGGAUAAGCAAGCACGUCGAGAGCGAGGCCGCUGCCGAGAAUCCCGGCGUCAACAGGAUGGACGAGAGCGUCAGCAGCAGGGUCUACUCGAGCCAGAACGACUACAUUGACGUGCCGACCAGGAGGGAGAUUGCGCGCUUCCGCAGCGUCGUUCUGGCCCUGGUGGAGAAUGGCUUGAGGGUGGACGAGGAUACCGUCACGAGGGGGUAUCUCGAGGCGGUGGAGAUGGCCAAGGAGUCGCCGGAUGACGAUUUGUAUCUUGGGGGGGAGAGGGGUUCGCGCCUGGCGGCUAUUCUCAAGGGUCGAUGA